AGCGCUGGCUGGCUAGUAGGCGGGAAGACUACAAAACUGCCGUUCGCUCGGCAGUCCCGCGGUCGCGAGUGAGGCCCGGGGCGCGAACGGUCCCUAGUUCAGAGUGCGGAAUAUGGCGGAGCUGGGUGCUUGUGGCGGUGGCGGUCCCGCUGGCGGCAACUACGAAGACGCGGGUGAUGACCGCGUGUUCCAGGCGGCGUUGGAGGUGUUCGAGAAGUUGAAGCGCAUAAACUGCCCUUUCCUCGAUGGUCUGUACAUCAGUGAACCCAAAACGAUUCAGGAACUACUGUGUCGGCCUUCCAAGUACCGGCUGGACAUACUGGAAUGGAUGUGUGUACGGGUCUGUCCCAUCUUGCAGGACAAGUUCAACUCACUAAAAGGAGCCCCAGUGGAGGUAAAGAUUCAAGAGAUGGUGAAACUGGGCAGUGAUCUGAUGAUGUGUGCGCCAGAUGACCAGGAUCUUCUGAUGGGCCACGCCCGUCCCGAGAAGCAGCUGCACUUCAUGAACCAGUUGCUAGGCGUGGUGCAGAGCCUGGCCGUUGGAUGCUCCGGUAGCUCCAGUGUGAAGGAGCCCUUUGAGAAUGCCAUGGAGAAGAAUGAGGCCUUACUGGGAGAGCUCUUCUCCAGCCCCAACUUUCAGAUGAUCCUGAAGCCUGAGAGUGACCCGUGGCCGCCAGGCAUGCAGCAUGUUCUCAGCAAGCAAAGUGAUAGCCUGCCCAAGGCUGGUGCCUCUGCCCAGCCGCAUGUGGAGAAGGUGGCUAACCUGACCAGGCAGCUGCAAGAGAGCAUUUCCAAGCUACAGGCACUCCGGGAACAGUGCUUUGUACAUCACAAAGCAGGAUCCAACACCAGUACCGUGGACCAGAAGCUCCGGUUGGUCAUCUCUGACUUCUACCAGCUCACCUUGGCCUUCCUGCAAGUCUUCGACAACGAGCUAGAUGAGUGCUGCCAGCGCCCGAGCGCCACCCCGCAACCAAGUGGCCUUAUUGUCCAAGCCGUGCAUAAGGCUCUGUCUUCCUGUGGCCAACUGCUGAGAGCGAUCAUGGAGGCUGUGGCCACCUCGGAGGAAGCUGUGGAGAUGGUGAAGAGGCAGCAAGGCGAGCCCAUCCGUUGGGGCAGCAGCAGCUCUGGAGUGAGCCUAGCUGCCAAGAUCGAUGAAGUGGCACAGAAGUACAGGCUCUUCACCGAAGCUCUGAACAGAGGCCCAAGAUAGUGGGAGCCUGUCCUGGGCGGCUCUGCACCUGCUGGUGCCACCGGCUUAGAGAAGGGAGGGAAGGGGGCGGGAGCAGGCGCACAGGUAGGCAGGACUCUGCACCGUGGAAGUAAAGAAACCUCGUGCUCUGAGA